GUGAGCUGAGCGAAGAAGUGGAGAGAGAAGAGAGAGAGCGGAAAGUAUCUCCAUUACGGUCUACUACAUUUUCACCGCCUAACUAGCGGGGGAUAGUGGAGGGGAAAGGAGAGGGAAGAGUGAAGGCCUUUUUCAUUUGGAAGCAGUCUCAAGAGGAGAAGAAAGAUUUCGGCAACUGCGGUGGAUUUUUGAGGUGUUAACAUGGUUAGAAAGAGACGAACUGAUCUUCCUGGUUCUGGUGAUGGUACUGGUGCCAAUGAGGGCUCAGGAUCUCAAAAUCCUGGUGGUGGUCGAAGAGAUGGAGCUCAAACUUCAACAGCUUCACAGCAACAGGGUGGAACUCAUCAUUCUCCAGCCCCACAGCAAUUGGGUGGAGCUCAACACUCUCAAGCUGCACGACAGCAGGGUGGAGGAGCUGGAAGGGGAUGGGGUCCUGGUGGCCAACAACAGUUAGGGGGACGAGGUGGGGGUCAUUACCAGGGUCGUGGUGGGGGUCAACACCAGGGUCGUGGUGGUGGACAGCCCUCUCGUGGCGGAAUGGUCCAGCAGCAACCUCCUCAGAUGGAGUACCAGCAUUAUGGUGGGCCACAUGGUAGAGGUGAAACCCAGCAGCAGCAUGGUGGCCGCAGAGCUGCUGCACAUGCACCAGCUGGGCAAGGAGUUGCCCCAUCUGCAGCCGAAUCAUCUAGGCUGCCGCUUCCCGAGCUGCACCAAGCAACACUAGCUCAAUGCCAAGCUGCACCUGGUUCUUUGUCAGAGGCAAGCUCAUCAAGCACUGAUGUAUCUCUGACGGAGCGGGUUCAACACCUUUCUCUGCAGGCCGAACCCUCAGCUAGUAAGGGUAUUGUUCCAGUUUCGAGCAAAACAAUGAGAUUCCCAUUGCGCCCAGGCAAAGGCAGUUAUGGUACCAAGUGUGUGGUUAAGGCUAACCAUUUCUUUGCGGAGCUUCCUAACAAGGAUCUUCAUCAAUAUGAUGUUUCAAUUACACCUGAAGUUACCUCACGUGGUGUAAACCGAGCUGUGAUGGAAGAGCUGGUAAGGGUGUUUAGAGAGUCCCAUUUGGGUGGCCGACUUCCAGCAUAUGAUGGCAGAAAGAGCCUUUAUACGGCUGGACCUCUUCCAUUUAGUUCUAAUGAAUUUCAGGUAACACUAGUUGAUGAAGAUGAUGGAACUGGGGCUGAAAGGCGACAUAGGAAUUUCAGAAUUGUUAUAAAAUUAGCUGCUCGUGCUGAUCUUCAUCAUCUGGGAAUGUUUUUGGCUGGAAGGCAAGCAGAUGCUCCUCAGGAAGCUCUUCAAGUUCUUGAUAUUGUGCUGCGUGAGUUGCCCACUGCUAGGUAUUCUCCUGUUGGGCGAUCUUUUUACUCUCCCAAUCUUGGUCGGAGACAACCACUUGGUGAAGGUUUAGAAAGUUGGCGUGGAUUUUAUCAAAGCAUCAGGCCGACACAGAUGGGCUUGUCAUUGAAUAUUGAUAUGUCAUCCACUGCAUUCAUUGAACCACUGCCAGUCAUCGACUUUGUAAAUCAGCUUCUCAAUAGGGAUGUUAGGGAUGUUCUAUCUAGACCAUUGUCAGACUCAGAUCGUGUCAAGAUCAAGAAGGCUCUAAGAGGCGUGAAGGUUGAGGUUACACAUAGGGGUAAUAUGCGCAGAAAGUAUCGUAUAUCUGGUUUAACGUCACAGGCAACAAGAGAGUUGACUUUUCCUGUUGAUGAGAGAGGUACAAUGAAGUCGGUGGUGCAAUAUUUUCAAGAGACUUAUGGUUUCACCAUCCAGCAUACUAAUUGGCCUUGCCUACAAGUUGGCAAUCAACAGAGGCCAAAUUAUUUGCCUAUGGAGGUGUGCAAGAUUGUAGAAGGACAGAGAUAUUCGAAGAGGUUGAAUGAAAGACAAAUAACUGCUCUUCUUAAGGUUACUUGCCAACGUCCAAAUGACCGUGAGCGUGAUAUUAUCCAGACUGUUCAUCACAAUGCAUAUGAUGAGGAUCCAUAUGCCAGGGAGUUUGGAAUUAGAAUCAGUGAUAAACUUGCUUCUGUUGAAGCACGCAUUCUGCCUCCCCCUUGGCUGAAAUACCACGAAACCGGUCGGGAGAAGGAUUGCCUACCGAUAGUGGGCCAGUGGAAUAUGAGAAAUAAGAAAAUGGUAAAUGGUGGGAGGGUUAGCAACUGGUCUUGCAUCAAUUUUGUCCGGAAUAUACAAGAAAAUGUUACUCAUAAAUUCUGCAAAGAGCUAGCUGAGAUGUGCCAUACGUCUGGAAUGGAAUUUGCUUCCGAACCUGUAAUUCCUCCAUCGUUUGCACGGCCUGAUCAAGUUGAAAGAGCAUUGAAAUCACACCAUCAUGAUGCAAUGACUAUACUGCAUAAGCAGCACAAGGAGCUUGAUUUACUUAUUGUGAUAUUGCCUGACAAUAAUGGUUCUCUCUAUGGGGAUUUGAAGCGUAUAUGUGAGACUGAGCUUGGGUUAGUUUCACAAUGUUGUUUAGCUAGGCAUGUAUAUAAGCUGAACAAACAGUACCUAGCCAAUGUUGCUCUGAAGAUAAAUGUGAAGGUUGGAGGCCGAAAUACUGUGCUUGUGGAUGCUAUAUCUAGACGAAUACCUUUGGUCAGUGACAGGCCUACUAUCAUAUUUGGCGCUGAUGUGACACAUCCUCACCCUGGGGAAGACUCUAGCCCAUCAAUUGCUGCUGUUGUGGCUUCUCAAGACUGGCCCGAGAUAACCAAAUAUGCAGGGUUGGUUUGUGCUCAGGCUCAUCGCCAGGAACUUAUUCAGGACUUGUUUAAAAUUGAACAGGAUCCAAGGCGUGGUAAUAUCCCUGGCGGCAUGAUUAGGGAACUACUUAUUUCGUUUAAAAGGGCAACAGGAGACAAGCCUCAAAGGAUAAUUUUUUACAGAGAUGGUGUGAGCGAGGGACAAUUUUAUCAGGUUCUCUUGUACGAACUUGAUGCGAUAAGAAAGGUACAUGCUUUCAUAGUUCUAUACAUACUGAACGGGCUUCCAGCGGCUUACAAUGCCUUCACCACAGCUAUUCGAGCAUCUCUUCAUCCAAUCUCACUCGAUGACCUCUACUCUUUGUUAUGCAGCGAGGAAAUCAACAUACAACAUCGCCUGCUCAAAGACAAUCCCAGCUCGGACACUCUUGCCAUGUUCUCUAACCGCAACGCCUCUGUUCAAUGGAAAACUACCAAGAACCGGGGCAAGAACUAUGCUCCUCGCAGCCAACAACAGCCCGAUCAUUCCUCAUCUGCCAAGAACACUUCUGCGAGACCAAACUGCCAAAUAUGUGGAAAAACAGGGCAUACGGCUCUCAAUUGUUGGCAUCGGUGCAACCUUAACUAUGCACCUCCAUCCAAUCCCAAAGCCCUUACGGUGCAACAACAAUUCUCCUCAACAAAUGACUGGAUCUUGGACAGCGGCGCCUCGUCGCACCUAACAGCAGACGUUUCCAAUCUUCAACAGCCAACUCCAUAUCAGGGGAAUGACACCGUCUCUCUCGCCAACGGACAGCAUUUGCCAAUCCACAACUCGGGACAAGGAAUUUUACCCUUGCCCGAGUCGAAUCGUAAGCUCAAUUUAAACAAUAUUUUACAUGUUCCAAAACUCUCUCACAAUCUCUUGUCUGUCUCUCAGUUGGCCUCAGAUAACGAUAUUUCAAUUUGCUUUCAAGCUAACGAUUUCUUUAUAAAGGAUCGACAACGCAACUCCACCCUUCUACACGGUCAGAAGCACAAUGGUCUCUACCGUCUCAAGGCUCGUACAGCACCUGACCGGACUGCUCUCACGGCAACCGCGUCCACCUCCACCCCGUGGCACUCAAGACUCGGGCAUCCUUCGGACUCUGUUUUUACAGAAUUAGCAAAACUUGUAACAUACAUUCAUAAAGAUAGCUCCUACUCUCCUCCGUGUAUCUCUUGUCAAAUUUCUAAAUGCCACAAAUUACCGUUUUCCCGUAGCCUUUCCUCAAGCACGAAACCAUUUCAACUCGUGCACUCUGAUGUUUGGGGGCUGGCCCCGAUUACUUCAAUGAACGGAUCUCGUUUUUACAUAACUUUCAUCGAUGAUUUUUCACGAUUUUGUUGGUUAUAUAUUUUGAAUUCUAAAGACGAAGCACUAAUCAAAUUUCAACAGUUUUACAAAUUAAUCAAAACCACGUUCAAUACUGCGGUUAACACCCUUCGGACAGACGGCGGCGGUGAAUUCACAAGUCACUCCUUCCGCAAAUUUCUCUCCCACAAAGGCAUUCAACACCACAUCACUUGUCCGCACACGCCAGAACAAAACGGCGUCGCAGAAAGGAAGAAUAGGCGUCUUCUUGAAAUAACCCGGGCACUACUGCAUGCCUCCGGUCUUCCUAACAACUUCUGGGCCGAAGCCGUCUCCACGGCCAACUAUCUUAUCAACAGACUACCAAGCUCGGCCAUCACCAACGUCACCCCCUACUACCGUCUCUACGGAACUCAAGCCAACUACGACCAUCUUCGUACAUUUGGCUGCCUCUGUUUUCCUUGGACACGCCCAUAUGCCCCAAACAAACUUGCACCAAGAUCAUCGAUCUGUGUCUUCCUCGGGUAUUCGUCACAACACAAGGGGUAUCGAUGUCUUGACAUCAAUACCAAGUGCAUUUAUAUCUCUCGCCAUGUGACGUUCCACGAAGACCAAUUUCCGUAUAAACAGCUACUCCAUGAUACUCCAGCUACCAACAGCAACCCCUAUACCACUCCUCUCACACUACUUCCUACAUCAACGUUCAGGAUUCAGCCACAAGAUCAUAUCAAAUAUAGCUCUCCUCCAGUAUCUACGCCAUCACCGAAUACCUUGGAGGUACCUCCCGAACCAGUCUUGCCGCCCGACAGUCGACCUCUGCCAAUUCACCCAAUGCAGACAAGACUUCGAUCAGGGAAGGCUGCUCACAAGUUCGCAAUCAAAAAAAUCUCAAUAUCAAAAGCUCUUCUUCAGAUGAGAGCUGCAAUCAAAACCCUAGUUCGCUUAAGUCUUAAUGAUCCAUACUUGGAGUGA